AUGGUCUCUGGUGAAGAGAAUCCCCAAAACUCCACAUUUAUCCAGACUUAUGAUAGUGGUUCAGGUGCAGCAGUUCCUUUAGUUGCAUCUGGUUGUUUGGGUGUAGUGGAUGGUUCAGGUAUUGGUUCAGGUCCAGCCGUGGGUUCAGACGCAGCUGUUGGUUCAGGUGCAGCUGUUGGCUCAGGUGCAGUGGAUGGUUCAGGUAUUGGCUCAGGUGCAGCCGUGCGUUCAGAUGCAGCUGUUGGUUCAGGUGCAGCUGUUGGUUCAGGUGCAGUAAAUGGUUCAGGUAUUGGUUCAGGUGCAGCUGUGGGUUCAGGUGCAGCUGUUGGUUCAGGUGCAGCUGUGGGUUCAGGUGCAGCUGUUGGUUCAGGUGCAGCUGUGGGUUCAGAUGCAGCUGUUGGUUCAGGUGCAGCUGUUGGUUCAGGUGCAGUAAAUGGUUCAGGUAUUGGUUCAGGUGCAGCUGUGGGUUCAGGUGCAGCUGUUGGUUCAGGUACUGGUUCAGGUGCAGCUGUUGGUUCAUGUGCAGUGAAUGGUUCAGGUACUGAUUCAGGUGCAGCUGUUGGUUCAGGUGUUGUGGAUGGUUCAGGUACUGGUUCGGGUGCAGUGGAUGGUUCAGGUACUGGUUCAAGUGCAGCUGUUGGUUCAGGUACUGAUUCAGGUGCAGCUGUUGGUUCAGGUGUUGUGGAUGGUUCAGGUACUGCUUCAGGUGUAACUGUUGGUUCAGGUGCAGCUGUUGGCUCAGGUGCAGUGGAUGGUUCAGGUACUGGUUUGGGUGCAGUGGAUGGUUCAGGUACUGGUUCAGGUGCAGCUGUUGGUUCAGGUACUGAUUCAGGUGCAGCUGUUGGUUCAGGUGUUGUGGAUGGUUCAGGUACUGCUUCACGUGUAACUGUUGGUUCAGGUGCAGCUGUUGGCUCAGGUGCAGUGGAUGGUUCAGGUCCUGGUUCAGGUGCAGCUGUUGGUUCAGGUGCAGCUGUUGGUUCAAUUACUGGUUCAUGUGCAGCUGUUGGCUCAGCUGCAGUGGAUGAUUCAGGUCCUGGUUCAGGUGCAGCUAUUGGCUCAGGUGCAGUGGAUGGUUCAGGUCCUGGUUCAGGUGCAGCUGUUGGCUCAGCUGCAGUGGAUGGUUCAGGCCCUGGUUCAGGUGCAGUGGAUGCCUCAGGUACUGGUUCAGGUAUAGCUGUUGGUUCAGGUACUGGUUCAGGUGCAACUGUUGAUUCAGGUAUUGGUUCUGGUGCAGCUGUUGGUUCAGUGACUGGUUCAGGUGCGGUGGAUAAUUCAGGUACUGGUUCAAGUGUAGCUGUUGGUUCCAGUACUGGUUCAGGUACAGCUGUUGGUUCGGGUACUGGUUUAGGUGCAGCUGUUGGUUCAGGUGCAGUGGAUGGUUCAGGUACUGGUUCAGGUGCAGCUGUUGGUUCAGGUACUGGUUCAGGUGUAACUGUUGGUUCAGGUGCAGCUGUUGGUUCAGGUGUUGUGGGUGGUUCAGGUACUGGUUCAGGUGCAGUGGAUGGUUCAGGUACUGGUUCAGGUGCAGCUGUUGGUUCAGGUACUGGUUCAGGUGCAGUGGAUGGUUCAGGUGCAGUGGAUGGCUCAGGUACUGGUUCAGGUGUAACUGCUGGUUCAGGUGCAGCUGUUGGUUCAGGUGUUGUGGGUGGUUCAGGUACUGGUUCAGGUGCAGUGGAUGGUUCAGGUACUGGUUCAGCUGCAACUGUUGGUUCAGGUACUGGUUCAAGUGCAGUGGAUGGUUCAGGUGUAACUGUUGGUUCAGGUGCAGUGACUGGUUGAGGUGCACCUCUUGGUGCAGGUGCAUUAGUUGGUUCAGCCGCUGGUUCAGGUUGUUGUGGUGAUUCAGGUGAACUGGUGGUAUGUUGCUCAGAUGAUGGUACUUCUGAGUUAAUCUUUGGCCCAAAUGG